AUGGGUCCUCAAUCAGAGGCAGGUCCCUAUGCGGAAGGCGAAAAUUACGAUCCCUCACAUUCCGAUGAUGGGGGAAGACUUACAGCUGAGAGGGAUAUACCGAUGCAAGAUCAACAUCUACCGAGGCCUAAUGGUCCAGAUAGGAGGAUGAACGCAUCUCCAGCGAAUAGUGCGAGCGGCAGAGAAGGGCCUAUGAGAGAGGGGAGUCGCAGACCAAGUAAUGAGCGCACACGAUCACGAACGAGAACUGGGAGGGCUGGUAGCGGAUCUUUGAGACUGUGCAAGAAGUGCGGUGAACCUUUGACGGGUCAAUUCACGUUUGGACUUGAUAUGUCACCAAUGUAA